AUGGCAGAAACGGUAGGCAUGACUUGUUCUGAAGUGGAUGAAAAUGAUAAGCCGAGUCAUAGCGUGAAUAUAACAGACAUACCGAGUGCUUUUGAUAAUAGCGAAACGAUCAGAGCUGGACGAAACAAUGCUGAUAUUGGUGUCGACAAUUUAAUGAGUAGAGAAAUUGGUGAAAUUAUUACUUGUGGGAAGAGAAAUAAGGAUGAAAUAACACGUUGUGCAGAACUGGAAUUAGCUGUUACUUAUUGCAAAAAACGUUUGCGGAAAAUCGAUGAUAAUAUCGAACGGGUGCAACUCAUGGAAAAACUUGUUCAGUGUCAACUUGAACUUGACGCUUUAAAGGAAGAGUUAUCUGGUCCAGUGAAGAAAGUCCGAACUUCGCGUGCGAUAACCAUAAUGGGGCAUCAGUUUUUCUUGCAGUCAGCUACUGGUCGAAAUCCAUAUUGUGAAGUUUGUUUAUCUACGAUUUGGCGAUUGAUACAAAGUUACCGUCGAUGUAACAGUUGUGGUUUACGAUCACAUGAUAAAUGUGUGAAGCAUGUCUUGCGUUACUGUGCUGCCACUAAAGCAAAUGAUAUUCUUUUUAGGCCAAGGACAGAGAUUUGUGAGGAACGUGGACUUGAUGUACAAACUUACAAAUGUGCAGAAUGCCACCAUUCUUUACAAUUUGAUGGUACAGCUGAGAGUGAACCACGGUUAUGUGAUUACAAUGGCCAUUAUUACUGCCCACGUUGUCAUUGGAACGAUGAAUGGUUUAUUCCGGCUCGGAUAAUACACAAUUGGGAUUUCAGCAAGUAUAAGGUUUGUCGCGCUUCGAAACAACUACUUGUUAUUAUUGAAAGACGACCAAUUUUCAAUGUUUCGAAAUUGAAUCCAGGACUAGUGAAUUAUGUUGAUCAACUAGCUAGAAUAAAUAAGCUACGACGAAAUAUAUUGUUGAUGAAGUGUUACUUCAUGUGUUGUAAGGUAGCCCGUAAGCAACGAAUUUUGCAAAAUUUGAAACAUCGUCAACAUUUCGUCGAAAAUUCGGAUAUGUACAGUUUGAUAGACCUAGUGGAUUUGUAUCAAGGUCGACUCUUACCGGAGAUUGAAAGAAUAAUUCAGUUAUAUGCGGAACAUAUAAUGAAAGAUUGCUUAAUUUGCAAAGGAAAAGGAUUUAAUUGCGAGUUAUGUAAUGAUGCUACUGUUAUUUUUCCAUUCUCCGAUGAUGCGACAGUGUGUCGCACUUGUUUAGCUACUUUUCAUCAGGAAUGCUUCAACAAAAAGAGCAAGCACUGUCCAAGGUGUUUGCGACGAAAAUCUCGUACACAUUCAGUGUUACUGGUGGAUGAUAUCACCUGA